CAUUUUAGUGCAACUACUGCCAUCCGGCAAGAUGGCGCACUUGCUUUGUCUGUAGACAUUACUGACUGGAUGGAAAAAUCUCAAAAAUUGCAACAUCUAUGCUUAAGAUUAGUUGGACAAAUCACAUUUCUGAAACAACGUGCGACUCAGUCUAUUUUUGUUAAAUACGACAUGACGACAGAAUAUAGCAGGUAAAAUGAGUAAAGCUUCAGCUGAAACCGACCAAAUGAUGGAGGAGCCUGGUAGUUCCAAAGAGGCCACUAGGUCCUCAUCCCGAUCCAGGAGGAAGCCUACAACAAUAAGUAAGCACAUUGGACAUAACCAAACAGACACCUCGGAUGACAGUGAGAACGAAGAACUGACAUCUGACAGCCCCUCUGAUGGCAAGCUUGUAGUAAGGCCUGAAACAUCAGGAAACGAAAGCAGAGAUGACCCUAGAUGCAGCAGAGGAGCGAUGAAGCUCAGAGUGGACCUUCCACGCAAACGCACAGACGAAUCCUUGCAGGAGAGAGUAAAUUGUACUGCCUGCGGACAGCAAGUGAACCAUUUCCAGCGCAACUCUGUCUAUGAGCACCCCAUGCUUAAAGUGCUCAUUUGCAAGUCAUGCUACAAGUAUUACACAAGCGAUGACAUCAGCAGAGACACAGAUGGCAUGGAUGAGCAAUGCAGGUGGUGUGCUGAAGGGGGGAACCUGAUCUGCUGUGACUUUUGCAACAACGCUUUCUGUAAGAAGUGCAUCCUGCGCAACCUAGGCAGGAAAGAACUGUCCAUCAUCACAGAUGAGAAAAAGAAAUGGCAUUGUUACAUCUGCACCGCUGACCCCCUCCUGGACCUGGUCUCAAACUGCCAACGCCUCAUAAGAAACCUAGGGCAGCUGUGGAGUAGGCAGGGGAGGAAGGACAAGAAAGGUGAAGGGGACAAAAAGCGUCACAGAGAGGUCAAAUAUCACAAACCGAUGGUUAACGGGAAGGAGCACGUGGAUGGCUCAGGAACUUUGACAUUCUCCUACAAGAAGAUACAGGUUCCCAAAGAGCUUUUGAAGAAAGCUAAGAGUCUUGUGGAAACUACCGCUGGAUUAAAUAGCACAUUUAUAAAGUUUAUCCAACAGGCAACAGAGGAAAAGCAGGUCGACAGCGCAGUCAGGCACAGGCAUUUGAAGGCCUUCAAGUCUGUACUGACUGAUUUGAAGAAGGCCCACUUUGCUUUGGAGGCAGCUUUGGAGCCUGAGUUCCUGAAGCAAGUGAUGCAGAAUGGAGAAGGCAAUGCUCUACCAAACAGGACAAGCAGUGAAAAGAUUGUUGAGUCUGACCAAACACAUGGCAGCUGUGACUUGACUGUCCAUAAGGUAAAUGAACAUAUUGAGGUGGAGGAGGCUGAGCUAGAGGAAGACAGACAGUCAGCCCAGGAGGAUUUGAAUGACAUCCCCACUACUUCACCACAGGGGUCUGAGACCAAUAUAGACGCCAAUAAAGCCAAACAUCAGCCAAAGGCGAAAUCUGAGACAGAAGAGGCUAAUUGUGAUGAAGGUGCUGCAUCGGCUGAUGAGUUGUCCCUGGAUAAGGACAUUGUCUCUGUUCCUCCAUCUGUUCCUGAUGAACUCUUCCAGAUGGUGGAGAGCCUCUCGGAUUCAACAAUGCUAUCUCAGGGGAACAACAGCACAGAUAAUGAAGACAAGACCCUCAAGUUCACCAGAAGAUCACUAGACUCCAAAAUGCCUCCUCCUAGGGUGAAGAACCUAAUUGUUAAACUUACACCUGUUCCUGUGGUUACCACUUGUGGGUCCAAGAGUGAGGACAUGGAUGAGGGGCUGAAGGAAGAGGAGGUGAAAGAGGAAGAAGAAAUGGAGGAAGAUGGCGCAGGACACUUAGACAAGCAAUGCAAGGUAGAGAGUAAACCUUGCCUCAACCGGAGGUCAUCCAGAGUAAAGACCACACCCUUGAGGAAGCUAGCAGAUGGUAAGAUUGAGACCGACACCUUAAAGGAUAACAACAACAACAGUGACUUUGAAGAGUCUGAAGGGCACAGCAAAACCAGAGCCUCUAAGAGAAAUACGAAAUUCAAGGCUGAAGAAGGGGAAAAUACAAGCAGGAGCACCAAAGCCUCCGCAGAACUCAAGGCAGAAGACUCUGAUUCAGAUGAAGUCCCAGAGAUCCUCCUUAAAACAGUGGCAGCAGAUCAGAGCUCGGACGAGAACCAAGGAGUUGCAAAGGAUGAAUGUGCUGGCAGGAGUGCGAAGAAGUGCUUGUUCAAGCUUAACAAGACAUCAACUGCACAAGAGAAAGAAAAUAAAACUCCUAAACGGAAACUUGUGUCCAACAACUCAGAGUCAGGUGACAAAUACAAGAAGACGUCAAUGGCUUCCAAAAAGUCCAAUAAGAAGAAGCAGAACACGUCUGAAUCCUCUGAAGACACUGACUUGGAAGUGACAAUGAAGAGCUUAGGCAAGGGAAAGAGGACGUUUGGCCAGGCCAAGAAGAAGGAAGAGCAAAAAACAAAGGAUGACAAGAAGGAAGAGGCCAAAGCUGGUGACAGAAAGAGGUCGUACGAGAGCAAGCGCAAAUCAAAGAGAGGAGCCAAAGUAGAUACCAAGCAAGAAGAUUCUUCCUCCAGUGAGGACAUGGAGGAACCAAAGGCAAAGGGAGGAGGGUCAGGGGAGGAGAGUGGGGACCAGCAGAAGAUCAAACCCAUUGUGGAGGAGAGCAUGGCCACAGGAGGAGACCCCUUUCACCAGUCCUCAGGUGAUGAUGAAGAGGGUAACCAUGACAUUCAAAUGGCAGAUGACGAUGAUGAUGACGAUCCCGAAAACAGGAUUGCCAAGAAGAUGCUCCUGGCCCAGAUCAAAUCCAAUUAUUCUUCUGGAGCUGAGACUUCCUCUGAGAACGAAGAAUUGGACAACGAGGAUAAUAAAUCAAAGAAGUUGGCCAAAGAAGAGGAUGAGGAAGAAGAGGAAGAUGAGGACGAUGAUGUUGACUCUGGUUCUGAGGUGGAUGUGAAAAAGGGUGGCCGACGUCACCGUCUGCUUAAACACAAGCUGUCUCUAAGUGAAGGAGAGUCAGGAGAUGAGAAACUUGUUUCCAAAGGCAAGAAAAAGGAGACCAAGAGGAAGACCCGGCGGAAAGUGGGUAGUGAUGACUCCGAAGACUCUGACUUUGAGAAGUUGGAAUCCAGUUGUGAGGACUCAGCAAUGAGUGAGGAGGUCAGCGAUUCAGAGAAGGAGGGAACCCGCCGCAAGACCAGAUCUUCCAAGAAGAAGGGAGAGGACAAGCAAAGGAGCUACCACCAGAAAAAGAAAAGGCGCAGAAUUAAGGUCCAGGACUCUUCCUCCAGCAACGAGAAGAGUGGUUCAGGAGAGGGGAGUGGCUCUGGGGAGGAGGGAGAUGAUGACAAAGGGACCCCCAAGGGCCGCAAAAAGAUACGCAAGAUCCUCAAGGAUGACAAGCUUCGAACAGAAACAAGGGAUGCUCUGAAAGAGGAGGAGGACAGAAGGAAACGCAUCGCAGAGAGGGAGGCCUUGAGAGAAAAACUUAGAGAGGUAAACCUCUUACAUCAGACUAUUGUUGUGGAGGAGUCCUCCCAGGUAGUGUGUCCAAUCACGACCAAGCUGGUUCUGGAUGAAGAUGAGGAGACCAAAGAACCUAUUGUGCAGGUGCAUAGAAACCUGGUCACAAAGCUUAAACCCCACCAAGUUGACGGAGUGCAGUUUAUGUGGGACUGCUGCUGUGAGUCACUGAAGAAAACCAAGACAUCAUCAGGCUCAGGCUGCAUCUUGGCUCACUGCAUGGGUCUCGGCAAGACCCUGCAGGUGGUGACAUUCCUCCACACCAUGCUACUCUGUGAACAGAUGGAAUUUAGCACAGCGCUGGUGGUGUGCCCCCUUAACACUGUGCUCAACUGGCUCAAUGAAUUUGAGAAGUGGCAGCAUGGCAUGAAGGACGAGGAGAGCCUGGAGGUGACUGAGUUGGCCACAGUAAAGCGUCCUCAGGAGCGCGCGUACGCUCUGCAGCGCUGGCAGGAAGAUGGUGGCAUCAUGAUCAUUGGGUAUGAGAUGUACCGUAACCUCACCCAGGGCAGAAACAUCAAGAGCAAGAAGCUCAAAGAAACUUUCCAGAAGACCCUGGUCGACCCAGGUCCUGAUUUUGUGAUCUGUGAUGAAGGUCACAUCCUGAAGAAUGAGGCAUCUGCCGUAUCUAAAGCCAUGAACUCCAUUGCAACCAGGAGGAGAGUGGUGCUGACGGGAACACCCCUGCAGAACAAUCUCAUAGAGUACCACUGCAUGGUGACCUUUAUAAAGGAGAAUCUGCUGGGCUCGGUGAAAGAAUUCCGAAACCGCUUCAUCAACCCCAUCCAGAACGGCCAGUGUGCGGACUCAACCCCCCAGGAUGUCCGUGUCAUGAAGAAAAGGGCACACAUCCUGUAUGAGAUGUUGGCAGGGUGUGUCCAGAGAAGAGACUACACAGCACUGACCAAGUUCUUGCCUCCUAAGCAUGAAUAUGUGCUGGCCAUCAGGGUGACCCCCAUCCAGUGCAAACUCUACAGAUACUACCUGGAGCACUUCACUGGUGUGGGAAAUGCUUUGGAAGGAGGACGAGGCCGGGCCGGGACCAAGCUUUUCCAGGACUUCCAGAUGCUCAGCAGAAUCUGGACUCAUCCUUGGUGCCUUCAGCUAGACUAUAUCAGCAAGGAAAACAAGGGAUACUUUGAUGAGGACAGCAUGGACGAGUUUAUCGCUUCAGAGACAGAAGAAUCCUCCAUGAGUCUAAGCUCAGAGGAUGAGAAGGUUAAAAGGAAGAAGAAAAGAGGUAAGGGGAGAAAGAAGGGAUCUGAGGAGUCUGACAGUGAUGACCUGGAGGUGAUAAAGGAAUGGAACACAAGCUCCCGAGGGGGGAACCCAGAGAGCCGCAACCGAGCCGAGCCUGUGGAGGAAGCACGCCCAAGCUCCAGUGGGGGUCCCGGUAGCCCCUCCCCUGACUGGCACAAGGAGUUUGUGACAGAGGCAGAUUCUGAGAUUCUGGAACACUCUGGAAAAAUGGUGCUGCUCUUUGAGAUCCUACGCAUGGCAGAGGAGGUGGAUGACAAAGUUUUGGUUUUCAGCCAGUCUCUCAUCUCUCUGGACUUGAUCGAGGACUUCCUUGAACUGGCAGGAAGGGCCAAGGAGGAGGGAAAAUCCUCUCCUUACAAAGGAGAGGGGAAGUGGUUCAGGAACCUUGACUACUAUAGACUGGACGGCUCCACCAAUGCUGUGACAAGGAAGAAGUGGGCCGAGGACUUCAACGACACCAGCAACAUCAGGGGGCGUCUGUUCCUCAUCUCCACAAGGGCGGGCUCUCUGGGCAUCAACCUGGUGGCAGCUAACAGGGUCAUCAUAUUUGACGCCUCCUGGAACCCUUCCUACGACAUCCAGAGCAUCUUCAGGGUGUACCGAUUUGGACAGUUCAAGACUGUCUUUGUAUACCGUUUCCUGGCCCAGGGUACUAUGGAGGAGAAGAUCUACGACCGGCAAAUCGCCAAGCAGUCCCUGUCCUUCCGGGUGGUGGACCAGCAGCAAAUAGAGAGGCAUUUCACCAUGAACGAGCUGGCCGAGCUCUAUUACUUUGAGCCUGACCUCCUGGAUGACCCGUCAGAAAGGAAGAGCAAGAGAGCCACACCCAUGCUGCCUAAGGACCCCGUCCUAGCGGAGCUUCUGCACAGCUACAAGGACCAGAUUGUGGGAUAUCAUGAGCAUGACUCUUUGCUUGACCAUAAAGAGGAGGAGGCACUCAGCGAGGAGGACCGCAAGGCUGCAUGGGCGGAGUAUGAAGCAGAGAAAAAGGGUAUGUCAAUGAGGGCAAACUACCCAGCAACAUAUGCUCAGGUAGACAUGGGGGCUGGUCCAUACUUCCCCUUCAACGUGGCGGCACUGGCCUCGAUGACAAACCAGCAACUAGAGGAGUUGAUCAACCAGGGUCGUCAGAAGGUGGUGGAGGCCACUAACUCUUUAAAGUCUCUACCCAGAGAAUCACUGGAGGACAUCAUCAGCAGUGUGUGGAAGGAGAACCCAGCUCUUACAGAAUCCCAGGUCCAGUCAAUGGCAAUGGGCCGGCAAACCAGUAUGGAGCUUGAGCAGAACCGUCGCGAGGCUGUGUACCAGGACGUUCUCAACAAGCAGCAGACGUUGAUGAUGUACGUGCAGAAAGUGAUCACCAACAGGAAGGUGCGAGAGCAGCAGCUGGCUAUGGCCAACCAGGCCACCUACCUGAACCAGCUUGCCAUGCAGAACAGCAUGUUGGGAGCCUCGGGCCUCAGCCAGAUGGACCUUCUUGGCCUGUACCAGCAGCUGCAUGGCAUGGGCCAGCUUGGCAAAAACCCCGGGCCAUCUAAGGGCCUGUAGAAAGGCCCCAUGGCUCAUAAAUGCACCCCUUCAAUUUCCUCACUUCACAAAUGGUGCACAGCCUAUUGUUGUGACUGACAACAGUUAACAUUACAGUACAUUAGGUUAUCUGGUCAAAAUAAUGCACCACUAAUAUGGAAAACCUGAUCUUACAAGGCAGGAAGAAGUGCACCAUAAAGAUGCAGUUUAAGGUCAUGUGGUUAUUGUCUAUAUGGGGCCUUCAGGUGGAGAGACUGACAUACCAUUGACUCAACUUAAAACCCCUUAAGUCUUGUUCGUUCUAAUGCAGAGAGGAGGAGAAAGAACGUUAAUGUAUAGUGGCUGAAAGGGGUCUGCUGGCUCUGAAAUUCUGUAUAUACCGCCUUAAUGUUAUUCAAAUUCAAUCUGCAUUUUUCAUGUAUUUAAAGAAGAUUAAGGAAAAAAUGUUGUAUGCACCCCAAAUGCUUUGAAGCAUUGCAUAAUUAUUUCCCUUAAGGAGGGGCUUGUUAUUAAUUACAAUUCUGUUGUUUUUUUAUACAGUAAAAAAAAUGUCUAACUGAAGUUGAUUGAAAUGGGACCAUAGUGUGGGUUGGUGCCAUGAGGAGGAAGAUUUAAAAUGACAUCCCUAAAAAAUUCCUCCAACAAUAUCUAUUGGCUACCUGUCAGCUGAUGGUGCUGUGAUGUCCUACUCUUUCUAGGAGAUCAAUUAUAUAGAUGAGAGAUGGGGGGGGGGGGGGGGGGAAGAAGGGAAAUCUUGUUUUAAGUAGGUUAUGGCUUUAUCUUCAUCUCCUGAACUAAGUCUUUGUCGUAAAUUGAAUUUGAGAUAUGUUGAUAACCUCUUUCUAGUCUGCUUUUAGGUGUUAAAAGAUUUUGUUGCUAUAUCAUGGUUCUGGAAUGUUAGUCCUUCAUAAAAAAAAAUAAAAAAAACUGCCAGACUUUUUUGGGGGUUUGUAAAUCCUGUUCCAUGUCAUGUGUUUCCUAGCAUAGCAUUGUGGGUCCAUGUUUUCUGUUCCGCCUGCAUUGUUUGCAGGCCUGCCGGCCUGUACCCAGGUAACAUACCGGGUCCCAAAGAGCAGGAUAGCUUAGGUAGCUGUGAAGCUAACCAUAGCCAACAACGUUCCUCCAUAAGAAUGUUUUCAUGUUAGAAAUACACCAACUUUUUUUGCCAUUUAUUUGACCCACCAUCAUCUUGUACUAUUUAAUAUAACAAUUUAAUAAAUAGACCAAAAAGGUGACCACCUUUUUGAGCUUCUAUGUA